GUUGAAUCUGUGUAUCUCUUCUUUGGCUUCGGUGUCAGUGUUACUUAUUAAAAAAAAAAAACAUUUGUCCGAUCGUGGUCCUAUAAGUAAGAUGUGACAAUUUUUUUUUCUUUUUGAUCGAGACGAGCGAAAAAAAAUCAGAGAAGGGAGAUAAAUAUUCUUCAAGACUUUGAACACGGAUUGAGACACUGCCACAGCUGGUGUUUAACUGAGGAAUCGGACGAGUUAAACAGCUGGAAAAUGGAGGAAGAGGAGAGCCUCGACUGCCCAGUUUGUUUCGAGCAGUACAACGAUGGCCCUCGCACCCCGAAGAUGAUGUCCUGCCUGCACACCGUCUGCGCGAGUUGUAUUCUUGACCUCCUGGGCCUUGGGAAACAGCAACAAGGGGCGAGUGAGCCCGAGAUUCCGAGAGGUCAGAGGGUCCAGUGUCCUCUCUGUCGGGAGGACAUUUUGACGGACAAGUUGCAGACGAAUAGGUAUAUCGUAGCUCACCUCCGCCACCUCCUCCGGCUGGCAAGUUUGGCCAACGGAGAGACUCAGCACAAGAAUGCACAGGGUACAGGUGCGGACAGAGUAAAGGCAUUGGGAGUCCCCGUGUUGCCCGUGAAGCAGCAACAUUCUCCUCGCUUGGCUUCUACUCCCCCUCUCCCCCAACGAUCCACGUCUCCUCCACCUCUCCCCCAGAGGAAUCGCCUGCCUCCUCUUCCUCUGGGAGCGCCCCUCUCUCCUCAGUCCGUCCCUAGGGGUGGUCGUCGAGCCCCCGCGCCUCCCCCGCCUUCUGCAGCUGCUGAGGGAGAGCGAGCACCUCCUCCUAUAGGCAUCGUUGUUCAGUCUCCACCACCUUUCCCGUUCGGCGGACCUCAGCAAAGUCCUCCUCCUUCUGCUUACCCUCCUCGCCCUCCUUCUUCUCCGCCUCCUCCACCUGGUUACCCUUCUCCACCUGUCUACCCUCCUCCACCAACCUAUCCUUCUCCACCUACUUACCCUUCUCCACCUGCCUACCCUCCUCCACCUGCUUACCCUCCUCCACCUCCCCCCUCACUUCUAUCUUCCCCUCGCCCUCCUCACCCUCUUUGCGCUCCUCCACCCCUAUCUCCCUACCCUUUUGCCCCCGCUCCUCCACCCCUAUUUCCCUACCCUCUUUCCCCACGCGAUUCCCCUCCUACAUCCUCUCCCUCGGUCCCUCCUCCAAGCAUGCAGCACCAAAUGUAUCCAACUCUUUCGCGAUUCUCUGACGACUCAAACGCCCCCAGCUCACGACCUCCCUCUGUCUCCACGUCCCCUGUCACCCCCUGCCAGGACACCGUGUCACCGUCAGCGCCCCCUGCCGUAGAGAACCUGGAGGAGGAUCUGUGGUGCAGAACCUGCGAUGAACCAGCCAAGAAGUUCUGCAUUGACCAUGAAGUCAUUCCUCUUCUGAAGGGAGACGAGGUUACCUGGAUUGAAGAACAGCAGAAGAAACGGAACCAGGAAGAACAGGAUUUAGCGCUGGCUGUUCAACUCUCCGAGGUUUCCUUGCUAGACUCUCCUGACUCUCCUGACUGUUCCUCCUUUGCUCCUGCCGCUCCCACGAGCCCUAGUGUUAUUGUUCCCGUCGGCAGAAGGCACGGCGUCUGGAAGGGCAUGGCUUCGUCAAAGGCCAAGAAGAUCGAAGUCAGCAAAUGGACCUACGAUGAGAUUCGCCAUGCCAUUAACACCUCGCGAGAUCCGCUCUUGGUUAAGCAUUGCCACAAGGAGCUCCAAAGACGAUGGAAGGAAUACACACGAACAAUGAAGAAAAAACAGAGGAAAGAUAGAAAGAAACUGCGUUAACAAAACACCGAAAAACGAUGGAGUGUAAGGAGGAAUUUCAUCAACGUCUCAAAAACUACACUGCCUGGAAGAGGAGCAAAAACAACAUGGCGACUUGACCCACUUCCUCCCGUGUCAGGUCGUAGCAGGUCACACGAGACGCAGAAAACAACGGGCGUAUUUGCUUUUGAUGAAAUGUCACUGCAGUUAUUAAUGUUACUGUUAUCAUUAUUAUUAUUGUUGUUGUUGUUGUUGUUGUUGCUGUUGCUUUUAUUAUUAUUAUUAUUAUUAUUAUUAUUAUUAUUAUUAUUAUUAUUAU